AUGAAUACUCGUAUAUCUGGGAAUCCGUCCAAGUUAUCCAGAAGCAAUGGAGCUGCCAGAGAUGAUGGUGUUUUCAAGUAUGUCUCUGAUCAUUUCAUCUAUGAAAUUCUCUUAAGAACUCAUGCCGACUCUUUGAUAGUAUUCAAGGGUGUCUGCAAGGAUUGGCAUUCAUUAAUCAAGGAUCCUAAUUUCAUCAAACAACAUUAUAAUUAUCAUGCAACAAAGGGACAAUCUAUUGGUUUGGUAUCUCUCUUUGCAAGAGAAGAUCGUUCUGAUAUAUACACUCUCACCAUUAUUAACAAGUUGCGCAAAACAGCCGAGACUCCAGAUGGUAAUCUAUUGAAGAGGAAGAAUGAGCAGUUUCAGUUAAACACACAAGCGCAUGAAAGAUCCUUGCAAAUUACAUCAUGCAACGGUUUGGUAUGUUUCCACAGGGAAUUCCCUGUGCAUAUGUGGAACCCAAUCACAAGGGAAUUAUUGAUGCUUCCCCAUCCUGGAAUUGAUCAUAACAAAGAGGUGGCCACCGGAUGUGGAUUCGGAUUCGACGCAAAACGUAAUGAAUAUAAAGUCAUUCAGUUAUACAGACGUAUGAUAACUCUACAUUGGUCUAUGAGGUUUUAA